GCAAAGACGCCCCCCAGCUCGUGGCAACCUUCCCAGGCUUAGGGCUUCUCCUGAGCUCCGUAACGGGCCACCCAAUUGGGACCGACCUUUAAGGCAUCCUGGGCCCACGCCAGCCUGUAGACCCUCAUAGUGUGACCUGUGACCCCUGGUGUUGAUUUGGGGGCAAGCCCCUGGUGUGGGCUGAGAGGGCGGCCAUGGAGCUAGGCAGCUGUUUCAAGACUUACGAGGACUUCAAGGAAUGCUUCAGCGCCUACAAGAAGGAGAACAGGUGCUCCUUCAUUCUCAGGGACUGCGUCUCCGUCCGCUUCCACAACCUCAACCACGGCACCUCCAUCCGCGAGGACAUCCUAUACGUGCAGGUGAAAUUUGUCUGUAUUCGGACCCAGUCAAACAGGAAGAAAACACUGGAGGCAGACUUGUGCCCAGCAUACUUGCUCCUGCAGUACAAUGAGAAACUGGAUAGACUAUUUAUCAGUGAACUCAACACGCAGCAUGUACAUGUUGACACCAAAACUGCGGGUCCUAGAGGAAACAAAUCUCAGAAGACAACAUGCCCGCCGAAACUCCAGCCUGUGCAGCCCGCAAUCAAGAAAGACCUUGGCACGGCUAAGAAGUCCCCAGUUGAACCGUCAUUUUGCUUAGAUAAGGUCCAUGCACCCUCAAAGCCAGAACAGGAGGGCAUGACUCCUUCUGACCUCGCCAAGAUAGCCAAAGUGAUGAAGAACUUUCUUAAGGUGGAUAUGGGUUCCAUGGCCUCGUUCAGUGUGGGCAGCAGCCAAGACCUGGACCGGCUCAGCUUCCAGAGCAGCAAGAUGAGCGACCUAUUCACCCGCUUCCCAGAGAAUCUCUUGCUGCACCGGGUGGAGAACGCCCAGGGCCACAUCCUCUAUGCUUUCUUGGUGGAAAACAAGGAACGAGAGGGGCGAGUGGUACACUUUGCAGUGCUCAAGGUUGAGACAGCCACCUCUGUGGCCAAGAUGCUGAAUACCUUUACAGAGUUCAACUCCGAUUGGUCCAAGGUCAAGGUGGUCUUUGUGGACCCAUCUUUCCCUCAUCGUGCCAUCCUGCAGGAGAUCUUCCCUGCUGCCCGCAUCCUCCUUUCCAUCUACCACACGACCCGACUCUUGGAGAAGAAGCUGCAUCGUAGUUCAGCAGAUCCGUCCUUUAAAAGGCUCAUGAAGGAAGCCCUGCGGGAGGCCGUAUUUGUCACUUCCGAGGCUAGCCUGCAAAAUCUCUGCCAGAUGUCCCAAGCCCUGCUGGAUGAGCAGCUCUUCAGCUUCCUGCAGGCCCACUGGUUCUCCUGUGAACUGCUGUGGUACAUGCAUGUUAGGAAGGGCCUGCACGCGUGUAACACCUACAUGGACAGCCUGGAUGUCGUCACCAGCAAGGUGUCGAGCCUCUUCCGGGAACAGCAGUCCCUGCUGGACUGCAUCCUUCGCUUUGUGGAUUACAUAGACUUCUUCAAUACCAAAGGCUUGAAGAACUUGCCCACUGCUCCGCCCAGGUUAAAGAGAACUCGGUCAGCAAGCAUGGCACCAAAGUCCAAGAAGGCUUUUGGGAUGUGUGGAGGGAGCCUCACCAGGCUUCCCGUGCAAGAGACAAAGCCAGACCCACAGCAGGUACAGCUGCAGCCGCUGCAGCCCUCCCAGGGUGGCAUGCUAGACUCCUUACACCAGAGUGGCUCCCAUCUGGCCUACAAGCUGUGCCACAAUGAGUGGGAGGUGGUACAGAACUCCACCCACCUGGUGGACAUGGCUGGCUCCUCCGUGGACGUUCAGCUGCUAGAGGACUCCCACCAGGUGAGCAAAGACGGCUGCAGCUGCAGCUGCUCCUUUCAACAGUGGUACCACCUGCCGUGCCGGCACAUUUUGGCCCUGCUGCACACCAGCCAGAAGCCGGUGGGCGAAGCCAUGGUGUGCCGCCGGUGGCAGAAGAGGUACCAGCAUCUCCUUGGGCCCAGCGGGGAGCUCCAGGACCCUGUUGUGAUCCCAAACACAGGCCAGCCUGGGAAGCACACCAGGCACGACAUGAUUCAGGACCUAAGCAGGGAGCUGGCAAACCUACUGAUGCAGAGCGAGGGACCAGAGCUGGAAGAGCGCUGUUCCACCCUGCGCAAGAUUGUGGACAUCUGGGCUGCCCCCUGCCAGCCGCCUGAGCCCUGUCAGCAGCCUGGGGAUUUCAAGGAUGUGGGCCGCCUCCCUUUCCUCUGGGGAAAGCAGGAGGAAGGGGAGGGACUUGCUCUUGCUGGAGCCACAAUUCACAAUUGAAACACUUGCACUGGGUCACUAACCCCUCUCCUUGGAAGUCUGAGAGGUCAUAGUGGGCAGGACAUGCAAGGGGUUAGCAUUUUAACCAAUGUCUUCCUAGGUGGGGUUCGGAAAAUCGUUACAGUGGGAAGAAGAGGAACCUCACUGUGUGACAGUCCUUUGAAUCUACCCCCUUUCUGCCCUACCUUUGGCUUUCCUUGGGAGCCUCAUUUAUUGUUCAAGGCCAAAGUUAUCUCCAUGCUGAAAGGUCAUGCCUCUUUCUCCCUCAACCCCUGAGGUCUGGUCUUACCACUUUACAGAGAUGAAACCUUGCCCCCAGGAUAUUAUCAGGAGAGAUAAGAUUCACCUGGGAAAAGGGCCAGUUUGCAGGGACAAAGGGAAGGAGGGUGAUCCUUGGCUGUUGUUGCUGCUCUUUACAAAGAAUUUGUUAUUUGUAUUUAUUUUUAUUCAUAUUAAAGUUUUCGUUUUGUUUUGUUUUUUUAAAUAAAAUAAAAUAAGCAGGGAAAA